AUGAACUACAUCUCCAGUACUCGGCGGCGGAACUUAUCCAGCUCCGUUUGCGUCCUUUUAAUCUUCCGUCAGGUCUACAUCUUCCUUCGGAUAUUGUGUACAUACCACGUCGGAGAUAUCUGGAUCUGGGCGGGGUUAUAACAUCGAUGACUCACGUCAAAUACGGUCCUUUUGGUUGUCUAAACCUCGCUCGGCGAGGAGGCCCACACGGACUGUUGAUCAUGGUGUAUUAACCAACCUGUAGAUCAGUUGCCAACGAUUCUGGUAAAAACAACUUCUCUUUUGGAUUACUCAAUAUACGAUCACUUUCCACUAAAGGACCGCUGGUGUACGAUCUGCUGUCUGACCAGAGUCACAGGACUCACAUUCACCACUGAACACAACAAUGAACAAUUCUGCUGUGAUGAUGAUGAUAACGAAGAAGAACAUUGCGAAGGGUUACUGAUGAUGACUGGAACAGGCUGACAAGCUACAAAACAUCAGAGAAUAAAAAGGAUGACAGACAGUCUCUCUGGUGUUUAUACAGACAGAGUGCCAGUGUCAGUGAUGAAUGGAGAUUCAGUCACUCUACACACUGAGGUUGAAAGAAAGCACCAAGAGAGUAUUAAGUGGUAUGUCAGGAGCGUUCGCGUUGCUCAAAUCAGUGAAGAUUUUUUCUGUACAGAUAUUAAGUGUAAAGAAGUUAAUGAAAGAUUUAGAGACAGACUGAAGCUGGAUAAUCAGACUGGAUCUCUGACCAUCACAGACAUCACAAACACAGACUCUGGGGAAUAUAAACUAAUAAUCAGCAGCAGCAGUGAAAAGAUCUUCAAUGUUUCCGUCACUGAUGCUCCUGCUACUGAACUAUAUGAAAAGAAGGAGGGUGAAUCUGUCACUUUAAAUGCUGGUGUAAUAAAACAACCAAAUAAUGUGAUGACGUGGUAUUUUAAUGAAACUCUCAUCACUGAAAUUACUGGAGAUCAGAGUAAGAUCUGUACAGAUGAUCUGUGUAAUAAGAGAUUCAGAGACAGACUGAAACUGGAUCAUCAGACUGGAUCUCUGAUCAUCACAAAUGUCAGAAUCACAGACUCUGGAGAUUAUAAACUCAAGAUCAACAUCAACAGCAGCACAUUCAGUAUCACCAGAGUGAAGAGAUUCAGUGUUUCUAUCACUGCUGUUCCAGAUUCAGGUUUGCCUGCAGCUGCUGUAGCAGGAGUAGUUGUUGCUGUUCUGCUGGUUGCUGCUGUAGCUGCUGGUGUGGUUUACCGUAACCGCAGGAGCCGUACAGUAUUAUCACAGAAAGAGGAAGAUGAUGAUAACUCACCUGAUCCAAAAGACAUUCCUUUGAGGUAGAUGGGA